AUGAAGAAGGCUGCCACCAAUCUUUUGGCCCUGGGCUCAACUGCCUACGCUUAUACUUCUGCUGUGGGAUCGAAGAGUGGCUGUUACUGGAACACUGAUGCUGGCCCAUUCAACACUCGUUUCGGUCAUGACUUCAGUGUUGAUCUCUAUGCGACAGUCGAGAAUCUGAUUCCCAAUACCUACACCGUCCUUGCCGGUUUGAAUCCCCUUGCUCGUCGCUUUGACCUUGUCAACGUUGGUCUUGAUCCACUAGAUUCUUCCUUGACGCUCACAGUCCCUGGUGGACAAACCACUGGCCCCAUCUCAGUUGCUCAGCUUGAGACGGAAUACAGUGAUAUUCUCUAUGCAUCUGUCCGCACUGUAGCGAAGAUUUCCAACGUGCCAGGAACUACUAAUGCUUUUAUCUUUUAUGCCAACGACACCCAAGAAGUCGAUUUUGCUUUCUUAACGUCGGACAUCUCAAAAGCUUGGCUUACCAACGAGCAAACAACAUACGGUGCUCCGUACACAACCUACAGUGUUGCUGCACCUGCUGAUGCCAACACUGCUUGGCACGAGUAUAGACUGGAUUGGUUGCCUGGAGUCAGCAAGUUCUACAUUGAUGGAGCAUUGGUGCAGACCAUCACGGACAAUGUUCCGACUACACCGGGAUCUUGGAUCUGGAACAACUGGUCUAAUGGCAAUGCUUGGACUCAAGGACCGCCUCUUGAAGACAGUGUGCUGAAGAUCCGCAGCAUCGAUGCAUACUUCAACCGCACUUCUGUCGCG